AUCUAUAUCAUGUGAUCACUACUGUCAUGUGACUGAUGUGACGUCAGUGGGUCCUCUACCCGGAAAGGAUCUAGCCUCUACCCAUGGACACUGAGGAAUAUGAUGAAUGGAUGUUGGAGUCAAUCAGUCUGUAUAAAGAUCUACAUGAUUUUGAACUACAGGAUCCCACCCGAGUUAUUGAAUGGAUCGGGGAUAAAAGUAUCUGUGUUGCAGGAUACGAUAGCUGCAAAAGAAAUGAGAUUCUCCAACUCCUUGUCCCACAAAGAUUAAACGCAAAACAGAACCAGGGCCUUUGUCCAGAAAGGGAUUUAAAGGUGGAACACGGUGGGUUUUCAGAUUACCCUGUAUACAGCCUGAUACGUAUUCCUGAUAGCAACCUGUUGCUGACUAGUGGUCCUGGCACAGAUAAGGUGCAGGUCUGGCAAAUAGGGGCAGAGGAUAAUGAUGUCAUUAAGCCAGUCAGCACCGUUACAUCAGAAGCAGGAUCAGAAAUGUGGACAAAACUUGCAACCACAGCAUCAACCUCCCCCCGUGUUCUCCAUGGGUCUCAGGCAAACGGUGUCCAACUUACAGAGAUUGAGUCCAGCAAACCGAUAUACACUUUAGGUGUAACAAGUAGUGAUGCUAUCGGCACUCUUUCGUUCUUGGAUUGUAACACCUUCCACUUGUGCUGUGUGAAUGGACGCCAGUACAUUGCAGAUGUUCGCCAGCCCCAGGUUUGUGCGGAGGGUUGUGUAGCGCCAGCUUCACUAUCUUCUGUCCAGUGGUGUGCGGCUGUGAAGCCUGGGUUGCCAGAGACCAGUUGCCAUAUUGCAAGCCUUUCCUCUGAAGGGCAUGUGACCGUCACAGACUCGCGGGACCUCAGUGAACCACUGAAAUGUGCUAAACUCAAGUUUUCUGAUCCAGCCCCUACAAACCAUUUUCUGUGCGUUAGAUGGGCGCCUGUAUUGGAUAACUGUAUCUCUGUCUCAGGACUGGAUGGCACUGUCCAGAUCUAUGAUACUCAAAGCUGGGAUGCAACUCUGCAAGCACAAGAUGCGGUGUUCAUUCACAAAGGUCAUUCUGUCCUGGGUACUUGUAAUGGUGCUGGAAGCCUUCCAAGAAUUACAGCUCAUGCCUGGCAUCCAUGGAAAGAAAGAAUUGUGUUAUCUGCGGCCACUGAUGGAUCCUUUCAUGUCUGGGACUGGACAGACUCUCAAACAAAGAGACAGCACAAUUCAUAGUCUUGUUGCUUUUUGUUUGUUCAUCUAAUGUUUUUUAUGUCAUUUUGGAAUAUUAUUUGCAAAAAAAUAUAGUUUUUAUAUUGCACAAACAGACAA